AUGGCAGCCAGCGACGCCGCAUUGAGCUCGUUCAUCGAGUCUGCCCCGCCAGGAGAGCUCUCCAACGUCACCGCCGCUAUCAAGUCUAUCACCGGCAGCGACGACGUUUCGGCCCUGGCCCCCGCCUACCAGAAGUACAAUGAGGAGCAAUUCGCGACGACCAAGCUCCCUGGCGGCAGCGAAGCUGUCGUCAUCAGCCCGUACAACUCGCUCGGCGACGGCCGCUACUACGACGUCGCCGCGUCAUCGUCGUUCGCCUUCGACCACGUCACGCAGAAGGCGUCGGACGUGCAGUCGCACGUGCUCGAGGGCGCGCAGGCGGACCUGGUCAAGUCGCUGCUGAAGGCGCUGCAGGCGCACGCGGCCGAGCACUACCCGGCCGCCGCGCUGGGCGUCUACCCGACCGAGGAAGACAGCAAGGUCGCCGUCGUGCUCGUCAGCAACAAGUACUCGCCUAGCAACUUCUGGAACGGCCGCUGGCGCAGCGCGUACGUCGUCGACCCGUCCGGCGGCUCCAUCACGGGCAGCAUCAAGGUCGACGUGCACUACUACGAGGACGGCAACGUGCGCAUGCUGACGGAGAAGCCGAUUUCGGCGAAUGGUGGUGGUGGGAGUGCGAGUGAUAUCGUGAGGGCGCUGGCGGCGGCGGAGCGCAAGUACCAGGAGGACCUGAACAGGGCGUUUGCGAGCUUGAGCGAGGGCGCGUUCAAGGGCCUGCGCAGGCAGCUGCCCAUCACUAGGCAGAAGAUCGAGUGGGAGAAGAUCAGCGGGUACAAGCUGGGGCAGGACAUUGGUGGUGGAAGCUCGAGGAGGUAA